AUGGGUCAUUCAUCACUCUCGACUGUCACCUUUAACUAUCGGACAUGGACGACAGACAUGGACGACUUUGAGAACUUUGAGUUUAUCGACUACACAACUUCAGGGCCAUGGGAACGCUUCAUCACCCAAAUCGAGGACAGUCUCCGCUCAUGGGGUCUCGUUGACAACAGCCUUGGUGUCUUUGACCCCGCCGCCAUCGCUGCAUCCCAAAGCGUCGGCUCGGACGACUUGUCGACACCUAACCUAGCAGGAGUCGGCAGCAGCAGCGAUGGUACAGCCACUCAGACACAUUCGCCCAAGAGCCCCAAAUCUAAGGUCUAUCAGCUUCGGGAGAUGUUGAGCCUCGACGAUGCCACCUAUGCGCUGUCAUAUCAAUACCACCCAGCCAAGAUCCGCCUCGCAGAAGGUGUCGAGAGGAUCGAUUUGGAUUUCUUGCCGAUCUCUCUGGAAGGCGUUGUUCACCACAGCCUCCACCGCUGGACAGCACAGACCCACAUCCUCAUCAUCUCUCCCGUCACCAUCUCGGAUAUAUUUGCCACCUCGCUCAGCUCGUCUUCGUCCUCAGCCUCCUCAGCAAUCAUCGACCUCAGUAGUGCCAAACUGCUGUUGUCGUCAUUUGCGAUCGCAUUUCAGAACACAGGAUGCAACAUACCCGUCUUUGUGCCGACAGGGCAGCCCUGGAAUAUGACUUUUACGGGACUCAUGAUCCAGUCCAUACCAUCUUCCUCCUUAACACCUAAUUCAGAUCAACCUGAUCUCCUCAACGACGAACACGACGACGACGGCCAGGCGAUUGAGGUGCGAUUCAACACUGUACAUGUGCCCUACCCACCCGUACAGUACACACACCUUUCAGGAAUUAUGGACUACUUUAUUGAGCGCAUGGGGAUCGAGGACGACGACCCAGCCUCUUCACCCGGGAACCAUAGCCAGAGCACCAAGGAACAAAUUCAUGCCUCGGCACUCUUCAGCUACGACCUUGUCAAUUGGCGUGACGAAGACUGGAAGCGGUGGGGGGACCCAUUGGAGGUUGAGAGCAGGAGGGCAUCCAGUACCAGGGAUCGGGACGGUGACGUAACGACCUUUCAAGUGGACGAAGAACCUACCAUGAACACACCGAGCGACAGCGUCAACAUUGAGGACAUGAAAACCGAGAAUCGAGCUCUAUCAAUCCUUCCUAUCCCUGUCCUCCCCUUUGGACCCGUCCAGGAUCCGCUGAAAUCACUUCGACUCUUGGCACGCUUCGCUUCCGCACCUUGCACGGUAUAUCUGGACAGCAAAAACUUUGCGGACAUGGACGCCAGCUACGCCAACAUCUGGAUCCUGAACGCAACGUUCAAAGAGGGCGAUUAUGGCAUUCUCAGCGGGAUCAUGGAGGACGCAAUUGCUUCCUGGAGCUCGGAGAGCGUUGGUCGAGGAGGAGCCGAUGGAAAGGCUCAGAAGGACCAAACAUACAGCGGCGCUCUUCUCAACAAAGGCGCCAAGCUCAUCCAAGGAACGAUUACCAUGGUGGACACGAUGGACGUGGAGAAUAUCGUCGACGCCCUCUUCGAGAUGCCUGUGGAGGAGCCUCCAGCAAAGUCGACGGCGUCAAACAGGAUCGAGACAGAAUGCGGUGUCCGGAUCAUACCAGCUUCAGAACUCGGCCUACAAUUCAAAUACGCCACAACCAUCCCUUACAACUCGUUCCUCUGGAGGAUGAUCCAAUACCUGAUCGAUGUCAUCUCGCCCAACUCGGAAAUAUCCUACGCGACUUCUGUGAUGGGAUUCCUGAAGGUUCUCUGGUCAGAGCUCCUGAAGCAGUUCUAUACGCGGUGGGAGAACAGUCUUUUGAUCCCCAUGGUCGACAUUUACGGAGGAGGCGCUUACGAAUCAGAGGCAGGAUCGAGCGGCGAACGGAAACCGGUGGCGAUCGAUCUUCGAUACAACCUCCUUCACCAAAAGUUGUCGAUGCUCAACUGUUGUAUUGCCCGCCAGAUUGUUCGCAACAAGGAGGCCCCUCGCGACGUACACCCGGUUCUGAGACGCCGCAAGGAAAAGGUCAUCGUCGAGGACAAGUCUGGAUUGAACACUUCGUCAUUGCCAGGAUCAGGAACUACAUCACCAACAUCUGAACAGACUUAUGGAGCUCAGUUCCAGAACCUGCUGCAUGGACUCUCUGAUAUCUCUCGACCCCGCUCUGCUGAUGUUGUACCGAUGGCCAAGCGGCUUUUGAAGAACGUCAAGAACAGAGCUGUCUCCAGUCAACAAGCGACGACGUCGCUCUCUCCUUCAGUCUCAUCUGUAUCAUUCACUGGAUCCAAAACGGAGCCCUCAUCGCCUACCGCAUCGAUGCCUAUACCCCAGGUGGUAACACCCCGAGGACGCCACAGCAGCAGCCGACACUCUAGUCAGCAUCUGUUCCACCCGACGAGGACCACCAUCGGGAGCGAUGAUGAUGAUGAAGACGUGUUUUAUGACCCUAUGGAGGCGAGCGAGGUGAUUCUGGAUCCCAUGGAUAUGCAACGACGCGCACAUUCGCAAUCGCUGACAGAGUCAUUUGUUGCGCUCAAGUACUCCUCGAGUGCGGAUUCGCAAUCGGGUAUCUUGGUGAACGACCUUGACCAGAUGACCGUCAGCGCCAGUGGUCCAGAUCCUCGGGAGGUUGCUGAUCCUCACAAGAGUGAGGGGGGGCUGAAGCCGCUCAAGGACUUGAAGCUUCUUGAAACUGGUGCACCGUUGAUGAUCCCCAAACUUCAGGAGCCUGGAUAUAUGACCGAGGAUAUGAUCCAGCAGCAGGAGGAGCUGUUUGAGACGCUGGGUUCUUCUUCUGAUGGGGCCAAAAUGCGAGCCAAAAUGCAGUCAACGCAGCUCAUCUCUGAUAUGGAGGCGUUCAAGGCGGCAAAUCCGGGAUGUGUUUUGGGCGACUUUAUUCGGUGGCAUUCGCCAAAGGACUGGGCCGAGGACAAGCGUCAGAUGAGCGCGCGUAUGGCUGACGCUGGCAACUAUUGGCAAGAACUGUGGGCCAACUCGAAGCGUAUCCCUGUGGGUCGUCAAACGCCGCUGUUCAACUACAACCAAGAGGCGGCCAAAGUACUGUAUUACCUUGACAGUCUUUCAGGAGACCAGCUCUUCCUCAACUUGUUGCCGUCGAUGUUUCUUCUUGCGUAUGACACGCUGGCUUCUCAUCCAGUAGCAUCACACAUCCGCCAAGUGGCGAUCGGACUGAAGGAACUUGCCAAGGAGCUGACUGUGUUUCCCUGGAACGAGCUCACUGCUGGCGAGGAGGAUUUGCAUCUUGAUGUGGUUAUUGACAAGUUCCGCGAUGUCGAGCUCCUAAUGGGUCGUGCCAUUGCUCUUAUCCGAAAGUUCCCUGAGCAAUAUAGGUUGGUGGAGAGGAUCUUGGAAGACUUGGAGACGGUUGUCGAGGAUGGCGAAGAGCGCGAAUGUUUUGUGCUCGAGACGUUCGAUCCAUCAGAUAUGUCAGAUUUCACCUCCGUGUCGUCGUCCUCUCCAAGCGCAAUGGCCCUUGAACCCAUCGCUGGAGGAUGGCAUACACGGCCAUUGCAGAGACGCAUGUAUGCGUGCUUCAAAGAGUCUGAGGUUCGUAUUGUAGAGGCCGUGGCCAAGGAUGGCAUGUACAUGUAA